AUGGAUUCUCAUAGACAACAGUCCCUAAUCCCUAGCUUCCUCUACUCCGCUUCUUCCUCCGCUAAAAAUCUCUCUCUCUCUACGCUCCUUCACUCUGAACAACCAUCGCUUUCUCCGUCGUCAACGGCGGCUAUGGGGAGGAAAAGUAGUGGUGGAUUUGUGAUCCCCGCACCGAGUGAGCCAGGAAGGAAGAUCGAGAUGUACUCACCUGCUUUCUAUGCUGCUUGUACUGCUGGUGGUAUUCUUAGCUGUGGACUUACUCAUAUGGCUGUUACUCCUCUUGACCUUGUCAAGUGUAAUAUGCAGAUUGACCCUGCCAAGUACAAGAGCAUCUCAUCUGGUUUUGGAGUUCUGCUCAAGGAGCAAGGAGCGAGAGGCUUCUUCAGGGGUUGGGUGCCUACCCUUCUUGGUUACAGUGCUCAGGGAGCCUGCAAAUUUGGAUUCUAUGAGUUUUUCAAGAAGUACUACUCUGAUCUUGCUGGGCCUGAGUAUGCAACCAAGUACAAGACCUUGAUUUACCUUGCUGGUUCUGCUUCUGCCGAGGUGAUUGCAGAUAUUGCUCUUUGCCCCUUCGAGGCAGUGAAGGUUCGAGUUCAAACUCAGCCUGGAUUUGCUAGAGGUUUAUCAGAUGGACUGCCAAAGUUUGUGAAAGCAGAAGGUGCUCUUGGGUUGUACAAAGGUAUUGUUCCUCUCUGGGGUCGCCAGAUACCAUAUACAAUGAUGAAGUUUGCAUCUUUUGAGACAAUUGUAGAGAUGAUCUACAAGUACUCAAUCCCUAAACCAAAGGACCAGUGCAGCAAAUCUCUGCAGCUUGGUAUUAGCUUUGCUGGUGGUUAUGUUGCUGGUGUGUUCUGUGCUAUUGUGUCUCACCCUGCUGAUAAUCUUGUCUCUUUCCUGAACAAUGCUAAAGGGGCAACUGUUGGUGAAGCUGUGAAGAAGCUAGGUGUGUUGGGUCUGUUUACUCGCGGGCUGCCUCUCCGUAUUGUCAUGAUUGGAACUCUUACCGGAGCUCAGUGGGGUAUCUAUGAUGCAUUCAAAGUUUUUGUGGGAUUGCCAACUACUGGUGGUGCCGCCCCUGCUGCUGCUGCUGCUCCUGCUGCUGAACUGGCAAAGGUGUAA